AUGCGUGGAACAAAACGACAGCGAGAACCAGAAAAUCAAGAGGUAGAAGGUGCGCAAGUUAAUGAUUACUACGCAAACGGGAUAAAUAGCAGUGCUGAUGGUGGUUAUGGUGGUGAGGAGAAUAUUUUGAGGAAGGAUAAUAAGGGAAAGGGAAAAGGUAAGGCAGUGAUAAAGGUUGAUGUUAAUCUGAAGCAUAUCGUGCGCAGUAGUAACGCAAAAAGACAAAGAUUCGAGGCUGAAGAAGAAAUCUCCAGAGCAUUGCUAACAUACGAUGAUUCCUCGUCGAGCUCCUCAUCUUCCGAAUCUAACGUGGCCACGCCUGUAUCAUAUUCUCCUCCUUAUUAUGAGCAAUUCAACGUCGAAUCGAAUACAUUUCAUUUUCCGUACAAUCGAUCAUCACAACAAACGAAU